UUUAAUCAAAUUUCGUAAGAAUUUAUUUUACAACAAUUUUCGUUUCAUUUAACGUCUUAUUGAAAUUAGGAUGGCGAGUCUCCCUCGAUUUUUGAAAAAUCGUAUAAGAAUUCCGUGACAAAAUAAGUUUAGAAAGCACUACACUAUAGCAACAGUUCCAGCGUGCGUUGCACAAUCGAAGGGAAUGUAUGGAAUUGAACCGUUCAGAGAUUUAGUUGCUUACGAUAUAUACACUUAGUACGUGAUUGUAGGUUAUUAACAAGGUAUUAAAGAAUAAUUGUCGAAAUGUUAUCACUAAUACGACGCUAUGAAGCCAAUAAUAUUGCGGCAGUACUAAAAAUUAUGAGAUUUUCACCGUUAUCUUCCACAACAAGCACACAGUGUGUUGCUCAGACCGCUGUUACUGAGGAUAAAGACGAUAUAGAGUUUCGAGUGUUAGAAUUAAUGCCGAAGGAAAAGCGGAUGCUUAGAAAAAAGGCUUCAAAUAUAACAAAAAUGGGUCCACCCAAAGCUGAAGCAAUGCCAAUAGAUCAAAAUUGGCAGGCAAUUUGGCCCACAGCACGAACAUUUCAACCACACACUGUCCCACUUCCUUUAAAACAAGGAUAUAAAAAUCCUAAAGGUAUGCAUCCUGAUAAGUAUGCAAAUGCAGAGCUAAUGAAAAUUCCAAACUUUUUACAUCUCACUCCACCUGCGAUUAAGAAACACUGCAUGGCCUUAAGAAGAUUUUGCACAAAAUGGCCAACAGAAUUGCAAACAAACGAAGAGUGCCAAAAACACUUUCCUCUUCAAAUAAUUUCAUCCAAUUAUUGUUAUUCCUCACCUACAAUAAGAGAACCUCUUGCCAGAAUAGUGAGUCUAAGAGUGAAACUAUCCUCUUUGCAUUUAGAUGCACAUGCUAAAGACAAAAUGCUUAGGUUAAUAGGUGAUAAAUACAAUCCUCAUACAGAUGUAAUAACAAUAACUGCAGACAGAUGUCCAACUAAAAAACAAAAUUUGGAUUAUGUAAAAUACCUUCUAACAGCCUUAUUUCAUAUAUCUUGGCGUGUAGAACCAUGGGAAACUGAAAAAUCAGAAGCAGAUAUGGAGUACUAUGACUGGGAUAAAAACAAAAGCAGAAAGUCUUUAACAACUAUGUAUAAUUGGCCAAACUCGCCAAUCGAUUCCAGUUAUGAACAUAUACCGCACGCAGCAGAAUACAGGACUGCAGUUUCCGAUCUAAUAAAUAAGGGGGAAGAUCCAUUUUCGAUCAACAAGUAUAAACAAGCUGUUAAAAAUGUGUUAAAUUUGAAAUUUUACGAGAAUACAGAAUAAAUGCUAA